AUUUGUGCGGUUUUUUCGCCCAUGAGAGUAGACGAUUCGGUCAUUGGAAUUUUGUGUCUGUUUGAUAAUUCGUCUGUUGGGAGUUGUUGGAGGACGAGGACAUCGGCUGAUUUUCUUCUCCUUAAUUUUCGGAACAGGACCAUCACCACCACCCGCUCGGUCACUAUGCAGACAUACGUAAAACCCCGAGCUCAGUUUAUUUCGUCCUGUCAAGAAGUCGGUGCAUCAAUUCAGCAAUUCAAACACCAAUCUCAUAGGUUUUUGUAGUUUUGGAAAAUCGGAACGAGUCCGUAUAUUAUGAAUGUAGAAACUUCGCCCAAGUUUUUGUUUUGCCUCUGUCAUUCUCAAGAACACUAACGUGUACAAUUUGGAGUCCUUUUUUCAUUUUCCUCCCCAUAUCGACCUGUGUCUACCAACGUAGAAGCAGGAGGACGACCAAAUACAAAACCCCCCCUCGCACCCCAAAAAUGGCCGCUGCCGCCGCUGCGACCCAGCUCCCCCCCGAGCUCUGGAACAAGGUUCUCGUCGAGUAUUGUGAUGCGUCGAAUCGUACUGUCGGAAGACUGGCGCAGACCUGCACGGCGCUCCGCAACACCAUGCUGGAGGAUGAGGGCAUCUGGCGGACUUUGUUUCACCGCAGGUUCUACGACCAGAGUGUGGUUUUGGAGGACAUGGAAAACAGAAAUGAUGACACAGACGUGAACUUCGAACUGAAAGUUCAACCUGUUGUUGUUCCAGGAGAAAGUCAAUUGAAUCAGCAAGAGCACCAGAUCUUCCAGCAGUAUUUGGAUAAACGCGACCCCAGCGCAGCAGAUUCCUACCGCCCCCGCGCGCGCAGCUGCAUGACGUCUCCUGCUGAGCAGAAUGCUUUAGUUCCUUUGCGACCUGCAAGCGCGACAGCGUCGUCUUCUACUAGUAGAAAUAUUUUUUCAACCACAAUGACUCGAGGAGCGAGAACAAACGGCUCCAGCAAUGCAAUUUCUUCGAACAUCUGGCGCAAGCGCUACGUCGCGCUCCACGACUUAGAACGGCGUUUCCGCAAAGGCCUCUUCGACCGGAAAAUCCAGUUGACUGCGGAGCCCACCCCGGUUUGCGACGUCCAUUUGACCCCCGGCACGCGGGACGUGUCCAUUGCCCUCGGUAGCGGAGAAAUUCUCUCCAUGCGGGGGAAAGAAAUUCUGUCCCGCCAAACCGCACCCAGUCCCGCGGUACGGUGUUUCGUGGACCGUGUUUCGGGUACUUUGUUUGCAGGCUUGCAAUCCGGCGAGAUCAUGAUCGGCGGACAAAUUUUCGCGAAGGCGCAUCUGGGGAAAGUGUGUGGGUUGGAGCAGGUUAUUAACACGGUUGCGUCGAUAGGAGGAGGUGGACCAGCGUCGCCCCUGUCGGUACGAGCUUCUUCUUCUUCACCGUCUGAUGCGCUAAUUUCACCCAGCACCAACCUGCUGUUCAGUUGUUCCUCGUCCGACGACUGCGUGAAGCUCUGGGACAUCCAACACGGCAAGCGCAACGAAGCGAUUGCGGCGUACCGGCACGAAUCUGUCACCACGCUCUCCGCCGUCUCCGCGUAUGAGGUGUGGUCCGGCGGCAACGACCGCAUGCUGAACCGGUGGGACACGCGAGUGAUCGGCACCACCGGCCCCGUCCAGUCCUUCGGGCCCGCCGACGACUGGGUGAUGAUGGUAGAGGCCGGCGGGCAGAGCGGCAACCUCGUGCGUGCGGCGGACAAGGCGAUCCAUUUGUGGGACGCGCGCUACGGGACGAAACCGCUUUUGACGACGCACAAGCACAAAAAGCUGAUCACGCGUUUCCACUCAAUGAUGACCCGAAGGACCCACGCACCGCGGCUGGUUUCCUGUUCGCUGGACGGACGGGUGAAAAUCAGUUCCUUAGACCGGUACCGCGACGACGCGCUGGAGCUGGAUCUAGGCCCGGCAGGUGUGGAUGACAGUAGAAGUACAACUCGAGAAGGUCGUGGCUCAGACCUCCUCGACAGGAGCGCCAGCGGCCUGGACGAGGACAGUCUCCAUAUGAUAUCCUCCACCAGAAGAACCUCCUCCGCGUUCAACGACUCUUUCUCCUCCGACGAAUUAGUCGUCCGCGAGGGGCGCACGUUGUCCACGGGUUCUUGGGAAGAAUCCUUCCGCAGUCCCGACGCGCAGUACAGCUUAUGGACUGCAAAAGUAUCGUACUCGUACGUAGUAUUGCAAUACAAAUUAGCUCAGCAUGACAAAUGGAAUUUGUCAUGCUGAUUUAGAUUGAAAAUGAAAUUUGUAAUGCUAAUGCAUAACUGCAAUUAGUACGAGUGCGAUACUUUUGCAGUGCAUACAGUUAUCUUGAAGCGGAUUUGAGCAAGGCGAUGCCGAUCGUGCACGACGCAGAAGCGACGACCUUGCCGUGCAGCAACGACUACUGUUUGUGCGUAGAUUUUGACGACACAAAGUUGCUGGUCGGCGGAGUGGACGGCAGCUUGUUUGAGUACAACUUUGAAAAAACGUUCGACUUGGAUAAUUGCGGCGGGGGUCGUGCGAUGAAAUCGAGAAAACUCUUCCGCACAGUCAAGAAGAGCCGGAGUAAGGAAGUUCUUUCGCAGGAGGUAGUAGAGAACAAGGGUCGCGCUGAAGAAAAGCAGGGAGAAGAACACAACAGCCACUACAACUUCAGUAGCGACGCUGAUGCGACCGCAAGUACGAGAGAAGGCGGAUUUACCUCCACUUCAUCGUCUAGCGGCACAAGAAUACUUUCCUCUAGUACAACAGCAGCUCCUGUUGUAAGAAGCAUCGGUCACAAGCAGGACCACCACGCGCAGACGCUAUUUUCUCCAAAAUCGCGCAACAAUGGCUUCUCGUCCUCCCGGAGCUCAGCCGAUAGUUCCACGGCGCCGGAUCAACAUUUGCAGGGACACGAACGCGGCGAGUCAAAGCAGCAAGAAGGCCACCAGCACUUUCGGCCUAUGAAACUGCAAUCACGAAGAGGUGCGCAGGACGAAGUGAACGAUUUUGGCGAAGAUGGUGAUGAAGCUGAAGACGAGCCUCUGGCUAGACAAAAACCGAAGCCGCAGCAGCUUUCAGUCCGUCAAAGAACGCGGACUUCUAGCAGUAGAGGAAGUAGCAAGGGACUGAGCACCAAUGCAGGCGCAGACGCGACCGCACAGAUGAAGAAAAAACAGAAAACCAAGCAGGAGACUACGACGGGAAAUAAGACAAAACGCAACAGUCGCGGAAGAUCAAUCCGGUCGGACGAAGAACUUUUCAGCAGCAAAGAGGAUGCGGACUCGUCAUCCUCCGAUAGCGACGAUGGUAAUGUGGAGAGACUCGAAGAAAAAAUCCCGUCCUCCGAGUUUCUCUACGGCCUUGCGCGACAGCAGCACUUGAAAGAGCUCGGACACCGGUUGAUGAGCAUAGAAACGGUCGCGAGCAUCAACUCAGUGGAACAACAGCAAAGCGGGGCAGUCCUGAGGACAACAUCAUCGUCAUACACACAUCAAUCCUUGCCGGUAGGUAUGCCGACCACGCAGCGUCAAGAACGAGUACACUCUACGUCCAUGUCGCCAGAGCUGGUUGUUAGUCGAAGUAGGAUGACGAGCACGGGUGUGGAAAAUGAAGCAGGGUCUCGUGCCAGAAGCACAUGUUGGCAUAUGUCCAGCCAUGGCGCUACCUCAGCUGACCUCGAAGAGUCACCGGAAUUGUAGCUGAGUCGUGCGGGAAAAAUGCCAUUUUUUGUGCCCGAACAACUCGAUGCUAUGCAGAUCUAUUGAGUCCACUUAUGGUUAUGUUUCUGCGACUGCGGUCGUGAAGAUGUCAUACGAAAUUCGUCCUCAUGGUCGAACCAACAAUCUCACUCUAGUAUCAGACUCUGUACCAUUGUUGGCGCC